GUGGUCAUUGGCCGAACGGUUUACCCCCACGUGUGCUCGCAGGCUAUAUAGAAGACCCGCGUGGAAUUUCAUCUUCAGAACUGAGAGUCAGUGUCACGGAAGUCCACCUUGGAGGUAAACAAAAUGUGGUACAUCCAGUACGUGUCGUUGUGUUUGAUCGCACUUGUCUUGGGACAAGCAGCGGCAUUACCGCAGCAUCCCCAGUACACUCAGCAGUUUCCGCAACAGUAUCAGCAACAGGUGAGGGAGGAAAGAAAGUUUGCCGAGAAGCCGAACGCGAUGAAGAAGGUGGCGAUCGACGACCUCGAAGACAUCAGCACUAAUUCGAUUCAGGAGGGUGGCGGCAGCGGCUUCUCGUGGUCCAACAUGCUGGGGAUGCUGAUGCAGAUGUUGUUAGGACAGACUGGUGGUGCGACUGGACCGAGCAAGAAUGAAAUAGACGAGGGCGCGUCGGCGAGCCCGUGGGCCAAUCUGUUAUCCGUGGGUCUUAGGGUUCUCACGGCGUUGUUGGGUGGGCCUCAGCAGCCGGUAGACGGUAUUGACAAGGUGGAUAAUCAGAGCAGCCCUAUGCAGGAAAUUUUGACUGCGGUGCUGGGCGCGUUUCUAGGACAGGGCAGAGAUCCCGAACAGGUUGCUGUAAUGGCGAAAAACGCUUCCGAGUUCAUCAGCAUAGUCAUCAAUCUGCUGGAUGCCCUCAAGACAUCAUUCUCCCAUCGUUCUUUGACAGCUCGCUCAUUAGGAAGACGCGAUACUGUCUCCGAGGCUGCGAUAGCAUCCAUCUCUAUGUUGAAGGGUUACAUGAGAUCCGUCAAGUCCUUCAGUUACGUUGGCCGCGCCGAAGACGAGGGCCAUCGCGGAUGCGCCGAAAGAGCUCUUUGCGAAGCUAGCGCCGAGUGCAUUGCUGAUACGCAAGGCCCGUCGUCGAUCUUCUGCCAACUCGGAUCGUACGCGACGAGUUACCUUCUGCAAAGGCAGAGCGGCGUCGGCUUCGAAGCCUUGUACGAGGCAGGACGACGCGGUCGUACGGGAGAGGACUGUAGAACCCUCUUCAUGGACUGCAACGCCGUAUGAACACGACGUCCAUCUUCGCACGGCGUUCCGUCGAGCAUGGCUUAGACACUGUGACACUUUGGCAUUUUCUCUAACUGAGAGCGUUGCAAUUAGAAACAAGACUCGUGAUAAACUCAUGAUGAGUGGCGACCAGAGGUAUAUAGAUGUCACUCCGAUUUACAUUUCGUGCUGGAAUGUUUUCAUCGAUAUGAAAGAGCUACUUUCGAAUCUGAUAUCACCAUUAUAGCUUGUUACUAGUGAACGUAAAAAUAUGAAGAUCUGCGAACGCAUCUUGCCACGCGAAUGGUCUAGCAUUGCGAGUCUCGUAAUUCGAUGGAAGUUUCCAAUGUCUCACGGUCUGGGCUACGCUAGAAUGGACGUGUUAGGUUAAAUCGACGUGACCGCGAGUGCUCAAAGAGCGCGCUGAGCCGGGAUUCGCAUCGAAUCUCGUGGAUAGCUCGGCAACCUCACGACUGAUUCUUCCUUUGACGCUUCAGUCGAGCGGCGAAUUCGGCGUGUCACGUGCAAAAUAAUACAGAUUCAUAAUUCCAACGAGUCCUGUGACCGACGUUGCGAACAAACUAAGCGUUUGAUGGUCCAAAUCUCCCUCCUCUCUCUAUCUCUCUCUUUCUCUCUCUGUCUCUCGAUAUACAUAACUUGCAGUGAGAAUUAUGAAUCCUCUUCGUAUCAAUCGCCGAGUUUCGCCACACGCCGAUUAUAUAUGAUUCUAAUACACACAUACACACACACACACAUAUAUAUAUAUAUAUAUAUAUAUAUAUAUAUAUAUAUAUAUAUAUUUAUUUCUAUUUAUUUUUCUUUAUGAGCGCGUAUUUUUAAUGUAGAUGUAGUAUCCGUGGUUGGGGCUCGAUGUGAGUUCCGGUAUUCUGGUAUUUCGAAUAUGCGACGACAGUGAUUAUAACGAUAGUAAUGAUAGCGGGAAUUUUAUCAUUGAUACUAUUCAUUUUGACGGUGCACAAAAUUCGCACCGAAAUUAAUUUUAUGUCAAUUAUCACGUUUCCAUGAUGAGAAAUGAGGGUACAGUCCAGUUUUGUAUCUAUGACCUCAAAAACUCUUCAAAUUGUAUGACUUUAAAGUCUUAUAUUUAAUAUACAAGUUUACAUGGAAACGUAUAUGCAUCAUGCGUUUCAAUGUACACUGUAUACGAAGCGUUAUCAAUAGGAAGAUAUUUAGGGAGGAAGACGCGCUUAGAACUGCCGGAGCAAUAAGAUCGGUAAAUAAAUAACGUGCUCUCGAUGAGCUUCGUUCAAACAUUGCUCUCGCUUCCCCGCAAUGAACCAAGAUUGUCCGAGACUGACUUUGAAAUAAACUCUGAUUUUUAGACGUA